UUAUUUUGGUAAGCGGAUCCGCCGGGUUACGCGGAAGUGCAGACGCUUUAUUCGGGGUGUUUCCUCCUCGCAGUAAUGGAGCGCUCAGUGUGAGCCCGGGGUUUAGUUUAUAUGUUAAAUAAACUCUAAUAGACGGAAUGAAUCCUGCUUUGGAUAAGAUGAACGGAGCAGCGUUCCCGUCUCCGACGGCCGAGAUGGCCGAGAUGAACCGCAUCCACUACGAGCUGCAGUACACGGAGGGCAUCAGCCAGCGCAUGCGCGUCCCCGAGAUGCUUAAGAUCGCCCCGUACCCGAGCGUGGAGAGGGAGGGCGGCUCCAGUCCGGACCACGAGGGGCUGCACACGGCCAUGAUGCACGUCCCUGACAGGAUCAUGGUGGCAGGAGACCACGAAGACACCCAGUUCUCCAGACCCCGAGAUCUGGACCUCAUUCAGUCCACGCCUCUCGAGACUCUGUCUCUGAAGACUCCUCCUCGGGUUCUCACCCUCAACGAACGGCCCCUCGACUUCCUGGAUAUGGAGCAGCCCGGAGAAGAGGUACGCACUCAGAGCAGAGCCCGCAGAGAACGCUCAGUCAGUGAAAACGCAGUCAUGCGUCACAAUGGCCAGGUGCCCCGCAACGACUCCUCUAGUGUGUCUCCUCCUUCUCCCUCCGCUCUACGCGCUCUGUCGCUCCGUCGUCCUCCCGACGAGGGCCAGGGUGUUUCCGGCGCUCGCGGUGUUCUCUCCUUCCUCCAGUCCAGCACGCGCCGGGCCUACCAGCAGCUCCUGGAGGUCCUGGAUGAGAACCAGCGCAGUAAACCUUCUCUGAGAGGGGGUUCCACCUCCUCUAACCUCCAACAUGACACCAGGUUCGCUCUGGCUGCGAUGGACACGAGUAUGGAAGGUGGAGAAGAUCUUGCCGUGGCAGAUGCUACAGCUUUAAGGAGACAGAUCAUCAAGCUGAACCGGCGGCUGCAGCUCUUAGAGGAGGAGAACAAAGAGCGAGCCAAGCGCGAGAUGAUCAUGUACUCCAUUACCGUCGCGUUCUGGCUCAUCAACAGCUGGGUGUGGCUCCGUCGCUGAACCGCCGCCACGCCCCUGAUUCGCCCUAAGCCCCGCCUCCUCGUACACGUCAGCCCCAGUUUCUGCACUCACAUCCCCGAAGCUGGUGAGCAUCGCUGCCUGCGCAGGUCGGCUCAAAGACUCUUGUGCUUUUUCCUGUUCCUGUAUUUCUUUUUUUUUUUAAAACAUCAUUGUUCUAAAAGGCCAAGCAUGAAGCAGGUGUAUGUAUGUAAGUGUAUAUAAAUCUAAAUAUAGCUAUUAGACACAUCCUGUUCCUUUAUCAUGUCACGCCUGUCUGUAUUCACACAAGCACAACUGCACGGAAAAUGACAAGCCGACGUCCAGUAAACACGGACCCUAGAAAACAGGACACGCUCAUCUUAAUAUCACCGCAAUCGUUGGACUGAUAGUAUUGAAGGAAGGCCGUGACCUUCUCGAUCACCUCUGAUUUUGUUUUUGUUUAGUAAAGCUGUUGAAAUUCUCUGUAACUGUUCUGUCUUUCAUGUAAAAGAUCAUAUUUAGGAUUUGAGACCAUGUUUGGAAUGGGAUGACCAUGAUAAUGUAUUAUUACUCUCUCUUUCUCUCAUCCAUAUGCACUAAGGAACGCUUCUGUUCGAAUAAAGAGCAACGAUACCUCCUUA